UCCCGAUCGCUGGGACAAACAGUAGAAUGAAAUAUAAGCAAACGAUCGGCGACGCAGUACCUGCUUAAAGGAACCGUGAUCGCUGGAAACCACGAACGCAGAUAGUGAGUGGAUUUGGUGAAUGCUUUUAUUCUCUCUGUGCGGGCUUGAAGAAGGAAUCGUGAAAAGUGUUGGUCAAGAAAAAAAGUAGGAAAAAGCUGCGUAGAGAACAAGUGUGGAUGUUAAUGAAAGUAAACCUGGCGGUACAAGAAGGAUCAAGAUGUAGAAGAUGAGACACCGGGGACAUAAAAGCUGGCGAAAAAACUACGUGAAGGUGGAUAUUAGAUGAGAAUGGCUUGAUUGUGCUGAUGACAGUUUAUGUUACGAUUGGGAUCGUUGUAUUGCCAGAAGGAAAUAAAGUUUUCAGCCUUCUUCUGUAGAUUAGCAUCUUAUUUUCUUCCGUCCCCGUAAGCAGCCGUGGGACCACCUGUUUUUUUUUUUUUUUUUUUUUUUUUUUUUUUUAUCGGACUUGAAUCACCAUGUCCCGUGUGGUACAGAAGAAGAACCACUGGAGCAGCAAACUUACGGAGAGUUGGCUGUGCAGAGACGCGCGGGGGGAUCUGCAUGCGGAGUUGUGCGGCGGCGCCGAGAAGGGCGAAUUCUCCUAUGUGGGUGACAUCAACCAGGAUUUAGUGACAUAUGAGUACGGUGGACUGACCGAGGGGGAAUUAAUAUUGGAGGUAGAAGGCCUUUCGGUGUCUGGAUUGCCCCUGUAUGAUGUGCUGGAAGUGGUGAAGAAUUGCAAAGGUCCAGUUCGAUUCAGGACUGUCAGACAAGGAAGCAAGCUGAAUAAGGACUUGAAGCACUAUCUCAGUCAGAGGUUUCCGAAGACGUCCCCGGACUACGAGCUGCAGCAGACCAUCAGAGACAACCUGUACCGCCACGCUGUGCCCUGUACAACCCGCGCCCCGCGGAACGGAGAGGUCCCUGGUGUGGAUUACAACUUCUUGUCUGUGCAGGACUUCCUGAAACUUGAAAAGAGUGGAACUCUGCUUGAGAUUGGGACAUAUGAAGGUAACUAUUAUGGAACUCCCAAGCCGCCAAGCCAGCCCCCCAGUGGCAGAGUGAUUACCAGUGAUGCUUUGCAAGACAGCAGUCCCAGCUCCCCACUCUCCACCUCCCGGCGCUCUAAGUCCUAUAAUGACAUGCAAAAUGCUGGAAUAGUGUCUCCAGAAAAUGAAGAGGAUGCUGACGAGCUGCCUGAAAUGAGCAGUAGCUUCACAGGAGACUCGAGUGAACCGGACGAGCAGCCCAGCGUGCGCCUGCCCCCGUCCCGCGAGAGUGCCCCCUCCUACGGUGUCAACAACGCUCCGCUGCUAGCCACGGACAGCUCCCGGCAGACACACAGCCAACUGCGGCUCCCCGAAGAGGACCUGUUAGGGCCCCUGCCAGACAACUGGGAGAUGGCCUACACCGAGAACGGAGAGGUCUACUUCAUAGACCACAACACAAAGACAACAUCCUGGAUAGACCCCCGAUGUCUGGAGAAACCACAGAAGCCUCUGGAAGAAUGCGAAGACGAUGAAGGCGUACAUACUGAAGAGCUGGACAAUGAGCUAGAGCUUCCAUCUGGUUGGGAGAAGAUAGACGACCCUGUAUAUGGAGUGUAUUACGUCGACCACAUAAACAGGAAGACGCAGUAUGAGAACCCCAUCCUGGAAGCCAAGAGGAAAAAGCAGCUCGGUCAGCAGCCAGCAGAAGAGUGGAUAGAGGAGCGUUCUUCAGCUGGGCCACCUCUGGCCAACUUCCCCAACAACCACCAGGAGACAUACCGGGAUCCACAGGCGGCACCCCCUCUUCCACCUCCGCUGGGGGCCAAACGCGGGAAACCCUUCUUCACAAGGAACCCAGCCGAGCUGAAGGGGACCUUCAUCCACACCAAGCUGAAGAAGAGUCGCCGGGGAUUUGGCUUCACGGUGGUAGGCGGCGACGAGCCAGAUGAGUUCCUGCAGAUCAAGAGUUUGGUGCUAGAUGGACCUGCUGCUCUGGAUGGAAAGAUGGAGACUGGUGACGUGAUCGUCAGUGUGAACGAGACCUGCGUCCUGGGCUACACGCACUCACAGGUGGUGAAGAUCUUCCAGUCCAUCCCCAUCGGCUCCAUGGUUGAUCUUGAACUUUGCCGGGGCUACCCCUUACCGUUUGACCCUGACGAUCCCAAUACUAGCCUGGUCACAUCAGUAGCCAUACUGGACAAGGAGCCCAUCAUUGUGAAUGGGCAGGAAAGCUACGACUCUCCCACCAGCCGCGGAAGCCAGCCGGGUGGCGGCAUGAACGGUGCCAAGGAGCCCCGACCCUACAGUCCGUCUGCCGAGGUUGCGGCUGAUGGCACGGCCGCUUACCCCAGCGACGUCGUGACUCUUGCGUCCUCCAUUGCCACGCAGCCCGAGCUCAUCACCGUACACAUGGAAAAGGGCGAAAAGGGCUUUGGAUUUACCAUCGCCGACAGCCCCACUGGGGGCGGCCAGAGGGUCAAACAGAUCGUCGAUUAUCCCCGCUGCCGUGGCCUGAAGGAGGGGGACAUUCUGGUGGAGGUGAACAAGAGGAACGUUCAGAGCAUGACUCACAACCAGGUGGUGGACCUGCUGAGCAAGUGUCCCAAAGGAAGUGAGGUCACCAUGCUGGUGCAGAGAGGGGCGGCGCCAGCGAAGAGGAGCCCCAAGCUGCCACAGCAUCAGCAGUUGGAGAGGAGGGACAGCCAGGGCAGCUCGCAGCACAGCCUCUCCAGCCAUCGCAGCACCCACACUGACUCGCCAGUGCACACUAUCCCAGCCCCAGCCAGCGAGAGUGCCCCGCCCCCUCUGCCUCCCGGCCCGCUCCCUCAGGACCCGGUCGACGCCAUGGCACAGAAGAAGCCCGACCCGUUUAAAAUCUGGGCCCAGUCCAGGAGCAUGUACGAAAGUCGAUUGCCAGAUUUCCAAGAGCAGGACAUCUUCUUGUGGAGGAAGGACACAGGGUUUGGAUUCCGCAUCCUGGGGGGCAACGAGCCCGGCGAGCCGAUUUACAUCGGACACAUCGUGAAGUACGGGGCGGCAGACGAAGACGGCCGUCUGCGCUCGGGAGACGAGCUGAUCUGCGUGGACGGCACGGCCGUGGUGGGCAAGUCCCACCAACUGGUAGUACAACUGAUGCAGCAGGCGGCUAAGCAGGGCCACGUCAACCUGACUGUCAGGCGGAAGACGGGAUUUGGAGUGUCGAAGCUGGAUGGCGAGGUGCCCCCAUCGCCGGCCUCAUCGCACCACAGCAGCACCCAGGCCCCCUCGCUGACGGAGGAGAAGCGCACGCCACAGGGCAGCCAGAACUCGCUGAACACUGUGAGUUCGGGCAGCGGCAGCACCAGCGGUAUCGGUAGCGGCGGGGGUGGCGGCAGCGCGGGUGGCGUGGUGCCCAUCGCCGUGCAACCCUACGAUGUGGAGAUCCGGCGUGGCGAGAACGAGGGCUUCGGCUUCGUCAUCGUGUCCUCGGUGUCCCGGCCCGACGCGGGCACCACCUUCGCUGGAAAUACGUGUGUGGCCAUGCCCCACAAAAUAGGCCGCAUCAUCGAAGGAAGCCCGGCCGACCGCUGCGGGAAGCUGAAGGUUGGCGACCGCAUCUUGGCCGUCAACGGCUGCUCCAUCACCAACAAGUCCCACUCUGACAUCGUAAACCUCAUCAAGGAGGCCGGGAAAACUGUCACACUGAGGAUCAUUCCUGGGGAUGAGUCCUCCAAUGCGUCGCUGCUGACCAAUGCGGAGAAGAUCGCCACCAUCACCACCACGCACACCGCACAGCAGCAGGCCCUGCCGGACUUAAGAAACAACACGAAACCGAAACAGGAGUCGUUCGAAUUUAAGCCACAAGCUUCUCAACUGUCGGCUCAGGCGCAAGUGCCGACCCAGGAAGCAGAGUACUACUCUGUGGAUCUGGAGCGUGACACUAAAGGAUUUGGCUUCAGCCUCCGGGGAGGUCGCGAGUACAACAUGGACCUUUACGUUCUGCGGCUGGCCGAGGACGGAGCGGCAGUCCGCAACGGCAAAAUGAGGGUGGGCGAUGAGAUCCUGGAGAUCAACGGGGAAAGCACAAAGAACAUGAAGCAUGCCCGGGCCAUCGAGCUGAUCAAGAACGGCGGCCGGAGGGCGCGCCUCGUCCUCAAGAGGGGGGAUGGCUCUGUGCCUGAAUAUGACGCCAGCAAUGACGGCAACAAUCCCACCACCAGUACACAAAAUGUUUCGGAAGUGAAAACAUUACCACCAAACACUCGAUUACACGCGUCAUCGGAGUCCAGUUCUGCAGCAAACCUUCACAAAUCAUCACGGGAGGAGGACAAGAGGACGAGAGAGGAACUGGAGAGCAAGGAACAUGGCCGGCACUCCCACCAGCACCACCAUGGCACAGGCAGACAGGGCAACCAUUCCGGCCACCACUACCACUCCCCCGACAAGAAGGGCACCCACCACCGGCGGGGGAGGAGGUCGGAGGAGAGCUCUGACACCAGGAGGCGUAGUGGCGGCCAUGACAGGAGACACGACCACCACCACCGGAGGCAUCACUCUCCUGAAAGCAGGAAGCACAAGACUUAUAGUGCAGAGAGGCCUUCGAACCAAUAUGAGAGGAGACACGGACACCAUCGCUCCCACCACCAUGGCCACCACCCGAGUCACCACCACACCUCACAUUACCAGCAGCAUCGUCGGCAUCAUUCACCCCAACGCAAGGGCUCCCUGGAUAGACACUCAAAUGGCAAUCCAUCAACCGAGUACACAAGGGAGCCAAAUACAUAUAGGCAACGAGCUCGCUCCGUCGACCAGCUCCUGGACCCAUCUGCAGAGAGAACGAGAAACAGGCUUUCUGACGAGCUUCCCAAGCUUGAGCAAUCCAUGCAGAACGACCCCCAUGCUGUCGACCGUUACAGGGAGAACACCUCAUUCAUGGAACCACCUGCUGUUGAUCGUUACAGGCAGGACACUUCAUUCAUGGAACCACCUGCUGUCGACCGAUUUAGAGACAACGUCAAGAACCCACCAGCUAUUGACCAUUAUAGAGAGAACGUCUUUGAGAGUAACACACCUGCCAUUGACCGUUACAGAGAGAAUAACCUUCAAAGAGACCAUCCCCGCAUGCCGUGGGAAGACGCAUCAGCCAGGGCCAGCUCACCGUACAACACCUACAAGACAAACAGUCUACUGAGGGAACCAUCGCCCGACCAGAGUGACAGGCUUGGGCAAAUCCUGGACGACCGUUUGUCUGAGGUAUCUUACAACUCGGAAAGCCUUCCUCGAGGGUCGUCCCUGGAAGGAGACUACCCGGUGGAGACGGCCGCUUCCAGGAUGAAGGAGUUGCAUGGCACACUGAGACCCAACGGCAGCCUAGGUUCCCAGAAGCUCCUCGAGCCCAAGAGGAAACCCUACAAAGAGAACCCCAGUGACCUCAGCAUUUGAUAGGACCCCCAAGCUGCUACCUGUGCUCGUCCAGACACGCCCUGCUGCCAUGGAAAAUGUGGACCCCGCAAACUGAAGUGACUGCUCCGACAUUACACCCCCCCCCCCCCCCCAUUUUGAAUAUGUACCGACCCUGAGGUACAUCAUUCCUUUACUUUUCGGUUAUGAGUUGCCUCUUGCGGGCUAUUAAUUUGAAUUUGUAUGUGUUGUAUAUUUGUGUGAAUUUUAUAAAACAGCAAGAAAGUAUGUGCCUAAAAGUGCUGUAGAUGAUACUUUUUCACAAAAGAAAGGCUUUUUAAGCAGCCAUCUGGUUGCAUCUCCCCCUCCCCACCACGAGAAGCCGCACGUGUUCACACACCAAAUAUCAUCUGCUCUGCAUGUCUUAUUUUUGUGUCCAUUUCCCUGGAUCUGUUAGCGUUUGGUCGCUGUAGAGCACAAGUUAUGGGUUUUUUGUCUUUUUUCCCCCAACAUUUGCAGAAUGUGUGCAUUCAAAUUAGUGAUCAAAUGAUCAGAUCUGUUUUUAAAACAUUGAUGGGAAAAAAAAACCAGAAGCUAUGAUAUUGUUAAAAAUAAUAUAUUCUAAUUCUGCUAAGUAUUUGUCUGAAUAUUUAUUGAAGGGUGAAGGAGCCCAUAGAAUGGCACUGUCUAACGCUUAGGUAUUUAAACCACAGAACCAAAUGCUUUGACUUAUCAAGUUAUUAUCGAUUUAAUGUCUACUGAUGUUUACUGCUGUACAUAGUCUACCUGUUGUCUAACCAUUCUCCCAGUAACAAAUUCAUGGCAUGUCCUCAUUGUAUGGUAGUCCAGUUUAUCAGAUUCAUAAUGACCAGAUUCACUGUUCCUUGUGUGGUAACCACCCCCCGCCCCCCCACAUCUGCUCAUAAACUUGAUUUCUGUGAUAUUCCGCACACAUCAAAUUGCAGGACAUUUCUAAAUAUAGCGAUCGAAGAGGGCAAGCUGAGUAACUGAGGAUUACUCCUUAGGAUUCACCAAAGUUCCCAUAUUCUUUUACCUUGUAUUUCCAAACAAUACUGUAAACUUAGCGCGUUACUGUGACAGAGAAAGUUUGUAAAUGAAUAAUUUUUGUAGAAAACCGUAACAUAAAGGUCUUUGGGCUCUUCACGUACUACACUGUACCUUCUGCACAUGCAUGACCAGCGGGAAUUCGCCCUAACUGAUCCUAAGAGUGUUGACUACAUUGUACGACCCCACCUCAAGUCUGCCCAGGAAACGGUUUGUCGAUGCAUUUUAGUUGGGUUCCACUUCCACCCAAGCAGCCUUUGGUGCAUGUGUGUGUGAGAGUGGGGGGAGGAUGUUUUAUAUCGUGAUCCAUCUGGUCACGUCAAACGCAACUCAGCUUUGGCACCCAACAAAUUGACUGAUCGGCUUCGCUUGACAGACACUGUUUUGGGCAGGGCAGGGAGCUGUGGGAUCACUUUGGCGCCCCCUGCUGCACAUCUCCAAUAUAUAUUAUGUCACCUUCUGCAUUACAAGGACAACUGCGCAAAAAGCAUUGCGAGUUUUAUCACUGUUGUUGCUAUGGUACUGUAAUUAAAUUAAACACUCAGCCAUCACCUGUACAAAAUUUACUGUCUGAUUAAUAGGAUCCUGGUGGCAAGAAAGCUGUUGCCUUUUUCUUGUAUAAAAGAGACUUUCUAACAAAGCUUGUCUGUGAAGAAUGUGGUAUGUGUUUAUAUUUCCGAAAUGAAACAAGUGAUUUGUUGAAAAUAUUUUAAUGUAUUUUGAAUCAGGUAUGUAAAGCUGUUUUAUGAAAUCUGGCAUAUUUGGUUGGGUUUGAAUUUCCUUUUAACAGGCCUGCUAACAUAUUAUAAAGACAUUGUAUGCAGUAUUUUUUUUUUGUUUUGUUUUGUUUUUUUUCUUGCAAUUUGCUCUGAACAUAAUGCUCUCCAGUGUGUCAAUUAAGAACCAGUAUAUGGGCCAAUCUUUUUUAUGAAACACUAUGCAUAUAGAAAUUACAUAAUCGAUAGCUUUGUUUGAACAAUAAAGCCACCUGUAACACAAUGUACGUCAGACAUUGCAUUAGCUGUAGCGGUAGAUCAACUGGGUAAAAGCUUCUUUCCUGAGACUGGACUGCAAUGUAUAUGUAGCUGUCAGAGAGAAGUCUGUGAAUGCUAUUUUUAUUAUCAAUAAAGUUUUCCAUGGAAAUUCA